GGUAUCGGAAGCUACUUCUCAGCAGUGUCUCCUGGCAUCUUCCUUUUCCUGUCUGCUGUUUGUUUCUGAAAGGCGCCAGGAAUCUGGUGAACUAAAGAAUGCUGAGCCUGGAGGAGAUGGAAACAAGAGAGGAGGGAGGCAGGAUGACUUUGCCUGGUGGAAACGGAUGCAGAAGGGCGAGUUCCCCUGGGAUGACAAGGAUUUCCGAAAUCUGGCCAUUCUGGGUGCAGGUGUAUCUGUGGGAUUUUUCUACUUCUAUUUUCGAGAUCCUGGAAAAGAGAUCACCUGGAAACACUUUGUUCAGUAUUACCUGGCCAGAGGUCUGGUGGACCGGCUGGAGGUCGUGAACAAACAGUUCGUUCGUGUCAUCCCUUCCCCUGGGGCGUCUUCUGAGAGGUACGUGUGGUUUAACAUCGGCAGUGUUGACACCUUUGAGCGGAACCUGGAAUCUGCUCAGUGGGAACUGGGGAUUGAGCCAACCAACCAGGUUGCUGUGGUCUACACCACUGAGAGUGACGGCUCUUUCCUGCGAAGCCUGGUGCCUACUCUUCUCCUGGUUGGCAUCCUGCUCUAUGCUGUGAGAAGGGGUCCAAUGGGGGCCGGGCGCAGCGGACGAGGAGGGGGCCUCUUCAGCGUUGGUGAGACAACAGCCAAGAUCCUAAAGCACAACAUCAAUGUGCGGUUUGCAGAUGUGGCUGGCUGUGAAGAGGCCAAACUGGAAAUUAUGGAGUUUGUGAAUUUCCUGAAGAACCCCAAGCAGUAUCAGGACUUAGGAGCCAAAAUUCCAAAGGGAGCCAUGCUCACAGGUCCACCCGGUACUGGCAAAACACUUCUUGCCAAGGCGACUGCAGGAGAGGCCAGUGUGCCCUUUAUCGCUGUGAAUGGAUCCGAGUUCCUGGAAAUGUUUGUCGGUGUUGGACCAGCAAGGGUUCGUGACAUGUUUGCAAUGGCCCGUAAAAACGCUCCUUGUAUCUUAUUUAUUGAUGAGAUCGAUGCAAUUGGCAGGAAGCGAGGCCGCGGGCACCUUGGAGGCCAGAGCGAGCAGGAAAACACGCUGAACCAGAUGCUCGUGGAGAUGGAUGGGUUCAACUCUACCACCAAUGUGGUGGUGCUGGCUGGCACCAACCGCCCUGACAUCCUUGAUCCAGCCCUGACGCGGCCCGGCCGGUUUGAUCGCCAGAUUUACCUUGGCCCCCCUGACAUCAAAGGCAGGUCCUCCAUCUUCAAGGUCCACCUGCGUCCUCUCAAGCUGGAUGAGAGCCUCAGGAACGAUGCCCUGGCAAGGAAGCUGGCAGCACUCACUCCAGGCUUCACUGGUGCUGAUAUCUCUAACGUGUGCAAUGAAGCAGCCCUGAUUGCUGCCCGCCACCUGAGUGCUUUUGUCCAGCAGAAGCAUUUUGAGCAGGCCAUUGAGAGAGUCAUCGGAGGCUUUGAGAAGAAGACUCAGGUCUUGCAGCCCAGUGAAAAGACAACCGUGGCCUACCAUGAGGCAGGGCACGCAGUGGUAGGCUGGUUCUUGGAGCAUGCAGACCCCUUGCUGAAGGUGUCCAUCAUCCCCCGGGGCAAGGGGCUUGGGUACGCCCAGUACCUUCCCCGUGAGCAGUACCUCUAUACGCGGGAGCAGCUUUUUGACCGCAUGUGCAUGAUGCUGGGCGGCAGGGUGGCUGAGCAGCUGUUCUUUGGGCAGAUCACCACUGGGGCUCAGGAUGACUUGAGGAAGGUUACCCAGAGCGCCUAUGCCCAGAUUGUGCAGUUUGGGAUGAGUGAGAAGCUGGGCCAGGUGUCCUUCGACUUCCCCCAGCCAGGUGAAGCCCUGGUUGAAAAGCCGUACAGUGAGGCCACUGCCCAGCUCAUUGAUGAGGAGGUCCGGCGCCUCAUUGGCUCUGCCUACGACCGCACCCUGGAGUUGCUGACUAGGUGCCGGGAGCAGGUGGAGAAGGUAGGCAAGCGGCUCCUGGAAAAAGAAGUGCUGGAGAAGGCCGACAUGGUGGAGCUGUUGGGCCCUCGGCCCUUCGUGGAGAAGUGCACCUAUGAGGAGUUCGUGGAGGGCACUGGUAUCCUAGAGGAGGAUGCAUCCCUUCCCGAGGGCCUGAAGGGCUGGAACCAGGGACGGGGAGGGGGCACAGAGCAGCACUUGCAGGAGAGCCCUGCCUAGCCUGUGUGCAGCCACCUGCAGUCACGAUGGCUGGGCUCCCAGGCAGCAGCUGCUACCCAGAGCGUGUGCAGAACAGCUGCCAGAGUAACUGGA